CUCCUUUAAAGCGGCCUUGGGUCCAGAGCAGUGUGAGUGCUCAGGGCAGAAGCCAUGGCUCCUGGAUUCCACUUCUGGGUCCUGGUCUGCUGGUUGGUGCUAACUAUGGCAGAAGGACAAGAUGUCGUCACCCCUCCAAAUAACGUGAACCCUACAGACUGCCAGAUCUUCACACUCACCCCUCCGCCGCCCUCCACAAGGAAGCCUACGGUAACCAGGGUCCAAGCCAACCCGAGGACACCCGGGUGGGUAUGGCUUUAUUUUCCGCCAAGAAGGCCGGGCUUCUACCCGAGGCUUCCUAACGGACCUUUCCUCCUUCCAAACUACAACCACCGCUUCCCAUUCCGUCCUUUCUUCCCGCCACGAGGUGGACCGAAUGCUGGGAGGUACUUCCUCGGAGGACUGCUCCAGAGUAGAAGCUCAUCUGAGGAAAGCAUAGAGAAGUGAGAAGCCCAAACACACUCAACGGAAGACCCGGCGCCACUAGAAAAGACAAUAAAAUCGUUUCUCUCUCCAGUCUACAAUCACCGCGUUAAAAAACUAAGCACCCUCAGUGCCAUUCACUAGAUUGCUGUGGGUUUUGUUGUUGUUGUUGUUGUUGUUGUUGUUGUUUGGUCAACAAUGAAGAGAUCGGAUUACACAUUUUUGUUUACAAAACCUGGCAGUAACUGAUUCAUUCUUACCCCCACAGGAUAUUAAUGCAAAUAAAAUCUAAAGAUGGGCUGUUCCAAUAA